AUGAGCUUGCUCCAUCGACUGGCACGCAUCACAAGCCAGACGACCUUCACUUACAGACCUAGUCAUUUGUUGCCCUCGUGCUUACUUGAUUUGCCAAUCGCACAUACUCAACUCACUUCUCAGUCUCGUGCUGCUGCUCUCACAAUGCCCGCCGUCACCCGCAGCCUGAGGUCAUCGACGCGCCUGGACAAGGCCGCCCCGCCAGCGGAUAAGAAGCCAUCGCCAGCGAAACCCAAGCCCACCACCAAGACAGAAAAGAAGACCAACAAGCAAACUCCACAAUCUCCGCCUCCGCCCAAGGCCACUGCAGGUCAAAAAAGAAGAGCAGCAGCAUCAAUCGAGAAGGAAGAGGAGACCAAAGCCGAGGCUAUCGACCACGAGGACGAGCCGAAGCCGAAGCCCGCCAAGAAAGCCAAGAAGCCGGUGGCAGGGAAGAAGGAAGCGCCGCCAAAGAAGACAAAGGACGAACUCAAGGCCCUCCGCGAUGCGCCCGUCCCGGACGUCAACGCCGAGGCGGAGCCACGGGAUCCGCCGGGCUCGCGGUACUGGCUCAUGAAAUCUGAGCCGGAUGUUCGCAUCGAGGAUGGGUAUGAGAUCAAGUUCUCCAUUGACGAUUUGGCGGCCAAGAAGACGCCCGAGGGCUGGGAGGGUAUUCGGAACUAUGUCGCGCGGAACAACCUGCGGGGGAUGCGGAAGGGCGACAAGGCGUUCUUCUACCACUCGAAUUGUAAAGAGCCUGGUGUUGUUGGUAUCAUGAAUAUAGCCAAGGAGCACUCGCCCGACUGGAACGCAUGCAUCAAUGACAACCCGUACUACGACGACAGCGCUCCGCACGACGGGAGCAAAUGGAGCCUCGUCCACGUCAAGAUCGAGCACAAGUUUCCACGCAUCGUGCCGCUGAGCCUACUCAAGGAGUCGCGUGGUAACGGCCCAUUGCAGAACAUGGAGCUGCUGAAGCAGUCUCGUCUCAGCGUCAACAAGGUCACGCGUGAGGAGUGGGAUGAAGUCAUCCGCAUGGCCAAGGAGCUCGAUGAGGACAAGGAGUGGGAUAAGACUGUUGAGGAGUCGAAGAAGUUUCCCAAUUACACAGCAGCGUAG